UGCAUACACGGCAUGUGUUUUUCUGUGUCUUGCCACAUGCCCUAAAUCUGAGGUGAAUAAUGAAGAGGCUAUGUCUGUGUACUGGUCCGGUGUACAUGGAGUUCGAAGGUCAAUGGCGAGUAAACCGUUAGCCCCGACGACGCGCAGCCCGGACAGUGAGACUCGAAUAUAGGAUCCUACACACACCUUUAUCGCCAAACCGGCAAUUCAGAGGAUUCACCACCACGUUCCUCUCGCUCGGAAGCAGUUCAGCACUCUCGACUACAGGUCUGAAUCUCUUUGCAGGCGAUAAUGGACGAGGAAGAAAGCUCUGAUGGAAUUUCUUUCUCCCAGAGACCAAGAACUUGUUUCAGCAAGCCAGAUCCCCAUUGGGGUUGGGUGGUUGUUUACUCCUCUUUCGUAGCGAAUUUCAUCUUCGCUGGAUUCGCCAAUUCGUGCGGGAUAUAUUACAUAGAAUGGCUGGACCAUUUUGAUGGGAACUCCAGGAGUGAAAUAUCAUGGAUCGGAUCUUUACUUCUUGGAAUGACAUGUAUGACAAGUCCUGUAGGUGCGAUCCUAUCGGAACGUUAUGGAGACAGGCCAAUAGUGAUGGUAGGAUCCGCCCUGGCAGCCCUGAGCCUCAUGGCGUCUGCUUAUGUAACCAAUGUCUACCUUUUGAUGGUCACGUAUGGUGUGAUCACUGGUUUUGGUUUCUCAAUGAUCUGCAUGAUAAUGGCGACAGUUCCUAUGUAUUUCUUUGACGAAAAACACGUCGGACUAGCCAUAGGUCUCGCUUUGAGUGGAAAUGGCUGCGGCUCCUUCGUCAUGCCCUUGAUAAUUGAGAUGCUGAUCGAGGCGUACGGGUGGAGGGGAUCCCUUCUCAUCUGCAGUGGAAUAGUGUUGAACUGCUGCGUGUGCGGCGCUUUACUGCGAAAGCCAGAGCGAGGCAUUGUUUGUAAAGACAAUGCAAAACCCAAGAAACCCCUCGUGGAUGUGACUGUGCUAAAAAGUGUCUCCGUCGUUUUGUUUCUACUUUCUCAACUGAUCUUUUCUUUUGGUUUGUCAACUGUUUAUGUACACGCUGCCGCAUUAGUGGAAAAAAUGACAGGGGUAACGAGGACGAAAUCGGCCGGCAUUAUUAGUACAGUGGGUGUUAUGAACUUCGUAGGAAGAAUCACACAUGGUGCGAUAGCAGGGUUCAAGUCGGUUAACAUUUUUACUCAAUAUGGGGUUUGCUGUCUCAUAAACGCGGCAUCUCUAUUUCUUCUUCCGAAUAUACCCUUCUAUCCCGUUUCAGUAGUCAUCACUGCCGCAUUUGGCUUCUGUAUCGCCCCGUAUGGCAGUCUCAUGCAAUUGAUUGUUCAAAAGAUGGCCGGAAUGGACAAUCUCAAAAUAGUCUAUGGACUUUUUGUCUUCAUGAGCGGUGUUGGCUGGAUGGCUGGCGCGCCCAUUGCUGGCCUCUUAUAUGACGCCACUGGAGACUACGGUACAUCGAUGUAUUUCGGAGGGUCGGCUAUGAUUGGGUGUGUCGCUUUCUUUUUAAAGACCUGGAUAGAUGGCACGUGUAGGAAAGCUGGCACCACGCAUGCCCAUCAUAUCGACAUUUCGGUAGGAGACGAAGUUUCAAAUUCAUAGAUAAAUGAAAAGAACGUGUGUCUGGCGCGAUACAACUAUUUGAGUUUUAUUUACAUUUUUUAUAUUUUACCACGCGAGGUAUAUAUAGCCUACAUGCAGGUCAAAUUAUAGAAAACUAGUACGGCGAUCAG